AUGUAUCGCGUUCGAGUGGAUUGUCAUAGACUAGAUGUUGAAGUGAAGAAGAGCAAGGAGGAAUGCAAGGAAGAGACUAAGGAAGAGCCCAAGGAAGAGACUAAGGAAGAGCCCAAGGAGGUGAACGAGGAGAAGCCUCAGGUUGUUUUCCUUCUGGGAGGACCAGGUUCAGGAAAGGGAACCGUGUCUGCAACUCUGAAGGAGAAGCUCGGUUGGAUUCCCAUCAGUGCCGGAGACUGUCUCCGUGAGGAAAAGGCCAGCGGAAGCAAGGACGCCGAGCUGAUUAACGACUACAUCAAGAAGGGUCUCAUCGUUCCCGGUGAGAUUACCAUCAACCUUCUCUUGAAGAAGAUCCGCUUCUACGCUGAGCAAGGACAGAAGAAGAUCAUUAUCGACGGCUUCCCUCGCAGCAUGGAGAAUCUGGAAGGCUGGGAGAAGCUCGUGGGAGAUAAGGUGGACCUGAAAUGCGUGAUGCUUCUGGAGUGCAGCGAAGAAGUAAUGCGGGAGCGUUGUUUGCUUCGUGGAAAGACGUCGGGCCGCGUUGACGAUAACCCGGAGUCGCUGGUGAAGCGUUUUAAGACGCAUAUGGAGACGAGCAUGCCGGUUCUGGAGCUGUUUGACAAGAAAGGAAUGGUGAAGAGGUAG